AAGCAGGAUUUGAUACAUUAAAAUAUCAGUCCGCGUGUAGCAUAUUGACAAUUUUCUAAAAAAACAAGGGCAAGUUUCUGCCAGGAUAAAAAGGGAUUAAAAAUGGCCAGUAAAAUUUUCGUAUUUGCUUUGUUCUGCAUCGCGUUUGUGGCAGUUGCUCAGAGUGUGCCACAGUACGCGACGGGCGACGAGCCUACGUACGACGAGGAUGAUGGUUCCGACGAUCUAGAUAAAGUUCACUCUACCGACGAGGACCAACAUUCGACAAACGAGGAUGACUAUGAAUCUCUUGCUGCUGGUUUAACCGACCAAUUCGACAACGCAUCGGACCCAGGUAGACGACUUGGAGACGGCCAACAACCAUCACAGUCCGAAUCGUCCUCGGGAGCAAAUGAAUAGUAGAGAGUUUAAAGUAAGAUCACAAAGCAUUACAAUAAAUGAAUAAAAGUUGGCUGCCAACUGUAUUAAAAGAAUGUUGUGCAUUACGAAAUAAAUGCUACUAUGCACUCCAGUAAAUACUUCCCUUCUAUUUUUCUACGC